UUUACGAGGCGACUGUAAACGCAACACAAGUCAGUUCCAGACGGCAUCCAAAAGCAGCAAAGAGCGGACAGCUGCUGUUUCCUAAAGUGGUUCAGUGACAGAGGAUGCCAGAUAUGAGUCAGAUUAGUUCCUGUUUGUGGACUCAGCUCCCCCAGAGCCUACAGUCUCCAUGCGACCGCUUCAAGCACGCCUGCUGUAGCUACAGUGGAAGUGUCUAUAUCCUGGGAGGCAGGCAGACCAGCAGUCUGAGGGAUUUCUGGAAAUACAGUGUGGUGUGUAAUGAGUGGACAGAAUUAGACUGCACCGGCGAAGCUGCACCUGAGGAACUCGAGGAUCACUCUAUGGUAGCUCAUGAGGGUUUUCUGUACGUGUUUGGAGGCAUGCUGGAUUCGGCAUAUUCUAAAUGGAGAUGUCCCCUCUGGGUAUUUGACAUUGCAAAGCAGAAAUGGUUGCACUGGCAGGGAAAGAUGACCUCAUCCCAGCACCAAAUGCCAACCAACAGGAAGGGGCACAGCGCUGUGGUACUGGGUUCCAAGAUGCUUGUCUAUGGAGGCCUCAUAGACAUUAGAGGGUCCUCACAGGAAUUUUGGGCUUUGGAGUUUGAUACCAUGGAUUGGUCUCUGACAGAUGGUUCACAACAAGGCUCACUGGGUCCAGGUCCCAGACAUAGCCAUUCUGCAGUGUCCUACCAGGACUGCAUGUACCUGUUUGGCGGUUUGCAAGGCUUACGAGAGCAGAGGGACUUGUGGAGGUGGAACUCCACCAAUCACACAUGGAGUUGCCUGAAAACAAGUCUGGUCCUUCUAGACUGGUUGGACACUCAGCUGUCACCUAUAAGGACAGUAUGUUUGUCUUUGGAGGAGGCGAAAGCCAAACUUCCCAAAGAACUGCUUAUGGAGGUACAGCUUCCCCACGCAGACCUGGGAGCAGGUUGCUACACUCAGUGGUUUGAGGCCUCCACCAAGAAUUCACCACGCUGCACUGGGCUCGGCCCCAGUUACAGGCCCAUCACCCCCAGCAGCAGCUGUGCACCAGCUCAGGACUCGGGCGCAAGCUGUUGGAGGAGAAGUUCAGGCCCUUCAAGAACAAGUGCUUCCCAGCACCACUUAAAUAUCUGGGGUCAGAGUGCAAUAUAG